AUGACGACGUCGACGAGGGAGCAGCUGGUUACGAUCCGCUUACUAGCGACGGUCGUUUUGGCGACGGUACUAGUAGUGCAAGAUUCUACGGCAAUGGUGACGAUUCAUGUCACGAACAAGUUGAGCAGCAAGACACUGAUAGUGCAUUGUGGAUCGAGAGAAGACGAUCUCAGAGCGCACACCGUGGAGAUCGACGACGAUUUCGAGUGGAGUUUCGAGCCGAAUGUGUUUUUCACGACGCUUUUCUCGUGCAAUUUGAGGGUGGAAGGUAGGCGGCUUUCUUUCGUAGCGUAUGAUCAAGGGAGCGACGGAGCUAAAUACCAUUACUGGGUUGUCUAUGAUCGUGGGCUUUAUGGGAAGAGAAGCAGUACCGGCGGUGAAAGGUUGAUGGGUAAAUGGAACUGA